GAAUUAAAAAAUUGUGAGAAAAAGUCUCAACGCUUAUAAAUACUUGAAAUUUGCGAAGUGGCUGAAAAUGUUAGAUCUUUCCGCGGGGAAUUCCUCGAGAAUUUGCACUUCAAACCGAUCGGAAAACGAAACCCAAUCCUGCUUUACACUGGUUUUUUAGCGCUGUUCAAUUUUGUUGAAUCAUUUUAAUGGCCAGCAAUGGUGUGAGAGAGCCCUUGUUGUCAGCAUCACUGGAGCCCACAGCUCAGAAAAACAAGAAAGAAGGUCUGAAUAGAAGAAGAUAUCGGCGGUGUAAAAGUGCUCCUCUCGCAGAGUUUGUUCCUCCAGAGAAAGAUGUGAUCAGCUCGACUCCAAAUUCCGGCUCCAAUGUUGGCAAAGAACACCCAAGUUUUAAGAAAGUAGCUAUAUUCUUCGCUGUGUAUCUCGGUAUAGGAGCAGUAUGCUUCUAUCUUGUAAGGAACCAGAUUGAGGGGAAGAAAACAGAUGGGAUUCUGGAUGCUGUUUACUUCUGUAUCGUGACAAUGACCACUGUUGGAUAUGGAGACUUGGUGCCUGAUAGCGCCCUUACAAAACUACUUGCUUGUGCUUUUGUUUUCACGGGAAUGGCUCUGAUUGGACUAGUCCUGAGUAAAGCAGCAGAUUAUUUGGUAGAGAAGCAGGAAAUAUCACUUGUUAAAGCUUUCAAUAUGCGUAAAAAAGUUGGUCCCAAUGAUAUUCUGAAGGAGGCUGAGACCAACCGAGUGAAAUACAAAUGUAUAACUGUCUUUGUCCUUCUUAUGGUGCUCAUAGUAGCUGGGACAACCUUCCUAGCUACUGUUGAGAAAUUAGAACUUGUUGAUGCAUUUUAUUGUGUCUGUGCUACCAUCACAACCCUGGGAUACGGAGAUAAGAGCUUCUCUACUAAAGCGGGGCGUGCUUUUGCUGUCGUUUGGAUAUUGACAAGUACUAUUACCUUGGCUCAGUUUUUUCUAUACCUGGCUGAGUUAAACACUGAAAGAAGACAAAGAGCACUUGUCAAGUGGGUUCUUGCUCGAAAGGUGACAAAUGUAGAUCUUGAAGCAGCUGAUCUUGAUGAUGAUGGGGUUGUUGAUGCUGCUGAGUUCAUCCUAUAUAAGCUGAAAGAGAUGGGGAAGAUAACUGAAGAAGACAUUUCACUUGUAAUGGAAGAGUUCGAAGAUCUGGAUGUUGAUCAGUCUGGAACUUUGUCGGUUUCUGAUAUAAUGCUUGCUCAAUCAUCUAGACGAGAGAGGUGACCAUACCAUGGGAACCUGGUAAUUGGUUUGUAAAGAGAUGUGAAAUAUUCUGUGUAAAAUCAACUUUUCAUCAUCGAUACAUCUGGUUCAUGGCUUUUGACAUGAUCAA